GCCACUUGGCACACAGUCCGGACGUCAUAACUCGUAGAGAACGCUGAUUGGCUGCGACCGGUUGGAGACGUGUCAGCAGCUAUGUGGUUGAACGCCGCUGUUAAACGAGCGUUUAUAAAGACUGCUGGAGCUAAUCGAUCAACUCAUGGCGAGUGUGUUGUGUGUGAGUGGACGUGGCUGCAGAGAUUUCGAUAACCAGUGUUGCCGCAACUAGAAGUGGGACAAACUUUCUUGUCACCCUCGUCGCCAAAGCUUUUCCAAGCAUCUUUCGCCGAUAACCCCUAACAUAGCACGUUGAUUUUAAUCAUUACAAUCAUUUCCCGAAGUGCCCGUGUAGCGGAGCAGGCCGAAAGCACGUGGACCUGUGGGGGCCGGUGUUUAUGCUGUUCCGCGGCCUUUGAAGGGCUGGCAUUGACAACCGUGGCGCGAGACGGAGAGUGUCCUCAUCAACUCCCGUGUCGCUACGGGACCGCGGAUGUGUGCCGGUUGUGGAUGCAGACUGGGAAGCCGACAGACUUUUUUCCGUGUAAUAACGGUUCGCCCAUAGCAAACUUACCCAUGCUUUUCACUGAACCGUCAUAUAAAGGGGCGUGGCCUUCGCCUACUCCAACCCAACCUCAAGGUUACCAUCACAACGCUCUCCCUGGUAUGACAAAACCUCCUACUCUUGACGCUCACACUCAUCCACAUCUACGGAACAUGCAAGAUCCGUAUCAAGUAUUUGGACCAACCAGCAGUAGACUGGCAAGCUCAGGAAGCGGCCAGAUUCAACUGUGGCAGUUCCUUCUGGAACUUCUCUCGGACAGCAGCAACGCCAAUUGUAUUACUUGGGAAGGAACCAAUGGCGAGUUUAAAUUGACAGACCCGGAUGAAGUAGCUCGCCGUUGGGGGGAGCGCAAGUCAAAACCCAACAUGAACUACGACAAGCUCAGUAGGGCAUUACGCUACUAUUACGAUAAGAACAUAAUGACAAAGGUUCACGGGAAACGUUAUGCCUACAAGUUCGACUUUCAGGGCCUAGCUCAGGCAACUCAGCCCACAGCCACAGACCCGACUUCUUACAAGUACCAGUCAGACCUCUUCAUGUCUGGAUACCACCACAGUCCUAAGCUGAACUUUGCAAUGGGUGCUCACACGGGCAUACCCUCCACCACAGGAACCAUAUUUCCGUCACCGACGCCAUAUUGGACCAGUCCGAGUGCCAACUUGUACUCCAACAUAGCAGCGGCAUCCACGCAUCCCAUGCCCCACCACCCAAGUCACGUUACCUCACACAUUGGCUCCUAUCCACAUUAUGCAUGACCUUUGUAUAUAGAAAUGGAUAAGUGUUAUUACUUUUGUUGAAGCUAGGUUUUAUAAGACUUGGAGGGAUUAGCGUGAAGGUUAAUAUAAACGGUAAUGUGCAUUUCGCGGGUGAUGUAGGCUUCACUUAACAACGGAGGGAUGUGACGUAAACCUAAUUUUACGUCCAGCACGUGUAUCUAUUGAGACAAACACGCCAACAGUAGAACUUGUAAAUCUAACAUAAGUUGACGUGUACAAAUACUACAUUAUUUCGUCAUUUUGGGGAAACAAAUCCUUAAAUGAGGAUAACGUCUUAAACGUGUAAUGCCGUAUAUUUAUAUGUAUAAUAGUUGCACGUGUUUUUCAGCACACAUUCCUUGCAAGGAAACUACGUCUCGGAGUCACAAUCUCAUGAAUUAUUAUUCCCAUACCACUUCUGUCCCUGUUAGUACCUCCUCCACACACAAGAGUUCACUGUUAAACGCAUCCAAGAUGGAAGAGUAAUUAUAAUCGAAUUAUCACAGUUUAUUAAUACUUUAAUAAGAUCCUUUAAGUUUUGCUACUUUGCAGUUAUAAGUUAAUUUUUAGUAUUACGUGUAAUAAUCAAUUUUUAACAAUAUUUCAACCUAUGUCGUAACAAAUAUUUCCAGCGAUUAGCAAAGCCUUAUGAAGACGUUAAUAUUUUAUUUUUUGUAAGAGUGGUAAAAAGUGACGAAACAACGCUUCACCCUCUUCGGUUACGAUAUUUCAGAUAAAAAUCUAGUCUUAAACUAAGUAGAGGUGUACGAGGGCAAUGACUUCUGAUAGGGUUAAUCACUUUUAUUUACAUCAGAACCUAUCGUAUGCAUAAGUAUUAAUUUCAUCGUUUAUCCGCGUGAAAUUUAUGUUUCUAGUCUAUGAAUUAGUUUUAUGCCACAUAGUUUAAACGUAUGUUAAAAAGCUGUUAAAACUUUGUGCACGUGGACUGGUAACAGUUGUGUAACACGAGUUUUUUUAAAUGAUAAUGGUAAGUAGAAGAUAUACCGUUCUCUUAAAAUUAUGGGUAUUCUAAACAAAGGGGAAAACAAAAUUACAGCUGAUAGAAUGAAGUUCAUGGAAUUUAGCUUUAUCAUUUUACAGCUGUUAACUUUACACGCCGUCGAAUAUAAUACAAAGAUCUGAGUUAUGUAUAGGUUACUCAUUUGGAGAAUCGUCUUCUUAAAAAAAAGUGUUAUUAGGAAAAACUAAUUUUUGCUUCAAGGUUUGUCUUAGGGAUUUGGCGUUCAUUCACGACAUAUUUCAGAUAUGUCGUCGUCGAAACGAGUAUCUCGUAUGUACCAGUGCCAUAUACGCCGGGUAUGCUACGUCUUAGGAUAAACAAUGUAAUUUUGAUUGUUAUGGAAGUGAAACAAUUAAAAAUACUUUCGUAUAAGCAAGUAUGGUGAUGCUAAUAAUGUAAUAAGCUCCCAACAAUCUAUUUGAUUUCUUACGUGACUACCCCUCCCUCUCCAUGAGAUAUUUAAUUAUUUUCAUACUUCAAUAACUGUUCAUAACUACGCCACUGAUUUAUAACAAUUUACAAUAUUAAUUCAUAAGUGUAUAUUUUUACUAUUUUUGAGACCCACUUUUUUAUACUAGUUUUUCAGUUACUCACGUUUAUGAGAAAUGUUAAUUAGUAUAUCCACCCAAUCUAGUCUGACUAGUCGUAAAACUAAAACAUUGUUACGCUUACGUAAACAGAAUUUCUAGUGGUUUGUUUAUAUCACGUGGCUGUUCGUACGACCGCCCUCAUACGAAUUCAAUAGUUGAUGCUGUCACGUGUCGCUAGGAUUUAUUGUGUGUAAACAAAAAAAUAAUCAAAAUGUCCUAAUCACGUGAUAAAUUUGUUGGAAUACUUCGUGACGUAGAGUUUCGUAUACUGUAUAUUCCUUUUAUUCAACUUUCAGUAGCACGUGGCAUGCUGGAAAAAAAAAGAUACUAUAAAUAUUACUCUGAUGACUCGGUAGACAGGACUUAAAUAAAAACUGUCUUUAGUUUUACAGUGGGGUAAAACUCAGGUUAAAAAGUUGACUUAAUUGUUUCAAGACGUAUUACUCCAAAUAUUCCCUUGUAUAAAAAGACCCUAUAAAACUUAAAUAUUGUUGACAGUUACAAUGUACAUUCAUAUAUGCUGCUUCACAUGAUACGGAGUCCUACUAAUUGUUAAUUAAAAUGGUAUAAUACGUAUGUGUGUAUAUAUAAUCUACAUUAUUAUUAUUAUAUUUUGCAUUUUUGUUUUGUUGUUUUUUUGUACUUAUACAGUGUUCAUUUGUGUUCAAUCUGUCUAACGCGAAACAAGAUACUUGUGAAUUCUUUGCGAAACAAGAAACAUGUUUGGAUAUCGUUAGACCACGUUGUCCUCCAGUACGUGUCAAGGUUUAGGUCACUGGAAUAAUGUCAUAGUCACCAAUGCUGAGGUAAAGGGUGAAUCCAGUGUAUGAUUCUGGCUUGAAGUUUUUUCGGGGAUUUUUGAAUAAUAUCAUUUUAAGUCUUUAUAUAUAUACAUCUAACUUGUCUACAAACUUUGAUAGUUUCUACCGUUUUUUUUUUAUUAUUUCAAAAGGUGUUUUUGUAAACAAUUCAAGUCUAUCCAAUUACACUGCGUUCAAUCAUUUGUAUUCUCUUGCUCAGAAAAAAAAACAGUAUUUCUCUACUUGCACAUAAGUUGAAUGUAAUGUGGUUACGAAUUCCAUAAUUGUAUAGAAAAACAAUCUGGAAUUUUUUUUCUUUUAUUUUUGAUAAAAGCAGAAAAUAGAGAAUGGAGGAUUGAAAUAGUGGACAACAUUUGGAUGGAACCGAUUAGUACAUCAGUUUAUCAUAUUAACACAGGGUCAGUUAGCGUUUUUCCCGAGACGGCGAAGUACUAUGACUUAAAACAUAGGACAAAAAGUACGUGAUUUUAGCUUAAUUUGUAUUUCCCUAAAGCGUGGCCACAUUUCCGAUUCAUCCUUGCUCCGGUUUUUGAAUGAAACGGACAAUUUCAUACAUAACACCAAAAGGUAAAUACUAAAGUAUCUCGGCUUCUUACAACUAAGUUAAAUACGCAAUAUUUUGCUAACGAUGUACUUACUCAAUCAAUACGUAAACAGAGACAGAAAAAUAAUACAUUUACAAAGUAGAAGCAAACUACACGUAACGAUGAAUCUAGUCAAUAAACACAAAUUUAAAUAAGCACAUGCUCUUUGUCACACAAUACAUGUUAGUUGGUUGCAAAUGUUUAAUAGUUAGAGAGGGUUACUUACAUUGUUUUAUCAUGAUGAUUUUUGGUUCUUAUGUAAUCAUAUUUGGGACACUUUAUUUGCUUGUCUAGUCGCCAUAUAUUUCAUAUAUUAGGUCCACGAGUCUAGUCAUGAAGAUAUUUGUCAAUUGUGAAGAAACCAACAACCAAAACUGUCAAGUGUAAUACUUUAUAUUUAAAGGUCUGUUGAUUAUGUUUAACAUUCCAGAAUAAUCAUAAUAUUUAACAUAUUAUACUCGAAAUGUUUUGUGAGUUAAAUACCAAACUGUGAUUGGUUAAUUAAGAAGUUGUGACUGGCUGAACUGUCACUACUGUAUAUAAGAUAUAAAUGUUGAUGUUUGUUUUUUCUAAUAAAAAAUAUG